CAAUACUAAAUUGGGAAGAGAAACCUCACUUUAAACCUUGACGCCUCUUCCGGUGAGUUUCGAUGACUCCGGUGUAUUCGAAACUGCAGCACGAGUGAGCUUGGACUUGGAAUAUUGAUAUUCAGUCUCUGUUGAAUGACUCGGCAUCUUUGAGAACACCAAAGACGGUGAUCUUCUGAGGGACUAGAAGUUGAUAAGAGAUGUGGUCGUGGAGCCGAAAAACAACCACAUAUUUGGAAGCUAUCUCAAAAUUCUCAAGUUCGCAAUGGCUUUCUCUAUCUUGUUCUUAUUCAGGCAGUUAUUCCAUGGGAAAGAAAAUUGCACCUUUACAGGAGCGCAAAAUGAUAGAUCAACAUAGGCUAUGUGCUAAAGGAGGUGAUGGAGGAAAUGGUUGUGUCAGCGUUCGUCGCAGCCGUCAUGACCAACGUGGUAGACCUGAUGGUGGUGAUGGUGGCAGAGGUGGUGAUGUAAUCUUAGAAUGUUCUGCGGCGGUUUGGGAUUUCAGAGGUCUGCAACAUCAUAUUAAUGCAAAGAGAGGAAGGAAUGGGGUUUCCAAAAAUAUGAUAGGAAGCCGAGGAGAUGACAAGGUUGUUCUGGUACCUGUUGGCACUGUUAUUCAUCUAAUUGAGGGAGAAUUUCCUUCUUCUGUUGAGAAGAAGUCUUCUGGAAUAUUAGAUCCCUGGGAUAUCCCUGGUACGCUUGAUUUUGGUUUGUCUGAAUCUUCCCCACAAUCUACGUCUGCGGGAGAAAAGGUAGAGAAGACAGACAGUGCUAAUGAGGACUCAGCUCCUUCAAGUAAAGAAGACCUCAAAGGAGAACCUUCUCCUAGAUUUUCACCUUCUACAGGUAAAUCCCGGAAUCAAAUUGAAUCAGAUUUCUUCCCUAAACCCCAUGGCUACAGCGAGUGGGAGGAUAUGGAUGGCGAAGUAAGCAUGUCUGGAUCUGAGUGCGAGGAAGAUAUGGAAGAGGAAGAUGAAAUACAGUACAACGUUGCUGAACUAACAGAGCCUGGCCAACAAAUCAUUGUGGCCCAAGGAGGUGAUGGUGGCCUGGGAAAUCUGCAUUUGGCAAAAGGUUCUAAGACGAGCAAAAAUCCGGCUGACUUAAAAACAGAGGAUGCUUCUGAUGAUGAUGCCUAUGCAGCACUUAACAUCGGCUCACCUGGCACCGAAGCUGUUCUUUUGUUAGAGCUCAAGAGUAUUGCUGAUGUGGGCCUUGUCGGGAUGCCAAAUGCCGGUAAAAGUACUCUUCUCGGGGCAUUAUCAAGGGCUAAGCCUACAGUUGGCCACUAUGCCUUCACCACUCUAAGACCUAAUCUAGGUAACAUAAACUUUGAUGAUCUUUCCAUUACUGUGGCUGAUAUCCCAGGUCUUAUAAAGGGAGCACAUGAGAAUCGUGGUCUUGGGCAUGCCUUCCUACGCCACAUUGAACGCACCAAAGUGUUGGCGUAUGUGGUAGAUUUAGCUGCAGCCAUAGAUGGUCGAAAGGGCAUACCCCCAUGGGAACAGCUGAAGGAACUGAUGUUGGAACUGGAAUUCUAUUGCGAAGGCCUCUCUGGCCGACCAUCCUUGGUCGUGGCAAAUAAAAUUGAUGAGGCAGGGGCAGAACAAGUGUAUAAAGAGUUGAGGCAAAGAGUUCAGAAUGUUAACAUCUUUCCAGUUUGUGCGGUUCUGGAACAGGGAAUAUCGGAGUUGAAAGCUGGUUUGAAGAUGCUUGUGGAUGGGGAAAAGUCGCCGGCACUAACAUUGGAUGACAUUGUGAUUGAUUAGACUAGAGGGGGGAAAUUCAACAGAGGAGGAUCGGUUUCAGAGGCCCAAAGCUACGUCCUGCUGCAGUAGAAAGGUACCUUACAUUCACGUUGGCUUCAAGUUCUUGAACAUCGAAUCCCACUUGAUUUCUGUGCUACUCGACCAAUAAUCCAUAUCUGGAGAAUGUAUAGUAGUUCUUGAAAAGCUGCUGUUCCAAGGGUUAACCAGUGCUUCUGCUGUCAUGAUAUGGUCCGACUCAGCAUUGGCGUCAGACUCGACCCGAAUUGAGCUCUGAGUUGAGCCUGAGCUUUGAGAGCCAGCCAUGGGGCUCUCGUUUGUCAGCAUCAAAAUCCCAGGGUCAGACACGAACCUGGGACUGUCACUCCUUAUCUUCGGCCACUCUGCCUCGCCCAGGGGAGCCCUCAGCCUCUUGUUCCUCUGCAGCAUUGACACCUUCCAUCUGAGGCUGUGGUUUCUCGACGGGACGACCAAAAGAGGCGAGCGUUGGUGAUGCAGCAGUGCCUGAAUGUGUUUGACCACGUACUUCCUAGUUUGCUUGACUGCGAACAUGAGCCACAAAAUCGGGUGUAUGGUCCUCAUCCCCUUGUUCUUCCUCACUAGCUUGAGUAUCUCCAACCGGUGUUUGGCUAUCGAGAUGCCCAUGCUCUGCAGGAACUCGUGGCUGAAGUAGGCAAUGUCGUCCUGGCCGAGCUCAUUGUGGGUGAAGGUGAGGGCGUACUCGUAAACAAGACAAGGAUCGAGGUCAGUUUUCGAUAGCCAACUGAACCAAGCCAUUCUUCUUUAGAGGUAUAACUGUACUUGUUGAAUUGGUGCAGAAGAUAGCAAAAUGUGAAUACCAUUUUAGAAGUGUGUUAUUGAUCCAAAUUUAUUUUGGGGUGGUAGUUGAACUUGAGAGUGACAAAAGACUAAAGUUAGUUUUGCCCUAUUUAA